AUGAACCAAGGCACUCCGCAACAGACCGGCGCCGGCACCCCCGGUGCCUCCAGUGUACCGAUGCAGCAAUCAUCGUCCCAGCAACAGCAGCAGCAGCCCAUCAUGUAUCGGCCCGAGCAGAUGCGCACUAUUAAAGAAUUGACGCCCCAGGAACGUGGCAAAUACGAGAAUGGUCUUCGCGUGCUAUGGGCAACCCUGGAGAGCAACCCCGAGGGCUCCAGCGAGCGAGAGACUGCUCGGAGGAAGAUCCAGGAGUUCACGCCGGUUUUGGCGCGCAAGAUUCGCGAGCGUCGCAUGGCGGCAUUACAGAGACAGCAGAUGUUGCUUAAGCAGCAGCAGCAGCAGCAGCAGCAGCAGCAAGGCCAACAAUCACCGCAAGGCGACGGACAGGCAGCUGCGCAACAAAUGCAGCAGGCACAGUCUGCUCAAGGCCAAGCAUCAAAUCAAGCGCAGGCGCAGGCUCAGGCUCAGGCUCAGGCUCAGGCUCAGGCUCAGGCUCAGGCUCAGGCUCAGGCUCAGGCUCAGGCUCAGGCUCAGGCUCAGGCUCAGGCUCAGGCUCAGGCUCAGGCGCAACAGCAGCAGCUCCAGCAGCAGCAAGGCCAGGCCAGAGCAGCAAGUGCGGCGGCUGGCAAUGCCGGUGCUGCGGCAAGACCCGGCGCAGCAGGGUCGCCGCCUGCCGGACCUCAACAGCAAGCACAGGCUGGUGCUGCAGGACCACAACAGCAGCAACGGCCGCAGCAGCCCACGAAAUUUUCGGACAAUGUGCUGCAAAAUCUCAGUUUGCUUACUUACCUCCCCCCACCGGCGCUUGCCGACAAACCUCCAGAGGUUGCAGCGAAGUGGCAGGAAGAUGUGCGUAAGAAGCUUGGUAUGUCACUGACACAGAUCGAAAUGGCGCGCAGCAACGUCAAUAAGCUCGACGCCAGUUUCAAAAUGCGCUCCGCCAACAACCAGAUCACGCCCGAGGAUGCAAAGGCUUACAAGGAUCGCCGCGAUAUGCUUCAAAAGCUACUGGACGACUCGACGCGCUUUGUGGCCGCGUAUCGUAAACAGCAAGAGCAGACGAAAGUGUACAUGCAGCAAAAAAUGAUGCAACAACAAGCGGCGGGCGGUGCCGCAGGCGGUCAACAGCAGCCACUAUCGACACAACAGGCAGGAGCGGCAGCGCAGCAACCAGCAGGACAACAGAAAAACGCCAAGACAGAGGCCACGAACAUGCAGAGCUCACAAGCCAACAUCAACGGCGCUAUUGAAGCCGCCAAAAAGGAAUCGAUUGCAGCUGGAGCGCGACAGGGCACGGGCAACACCAAUAUGGCUAUCAACAGCAAUAACAACAAUGUCGCAGGAGGGGCGAACAAGCCGGCACCGGGGAGCGUCCAACAAACACCGAUUCCCCCGCCAGUCAUUCCUGCCGCCGCCAUGCAGGGCGCGCCGAAGCAGCCGCCCAAGCCGCCCGUUCAAACUCCCGUGCAUCCCCCUCCUACACCCAUCAACACCGCUGCAGCGGCUGCCAACAAAGCAGGCGGUCCGCCGACGGCUGGCACGCCGACACCUGCAUCGGCCGCGGCAGCUGCUAGCCGUGUGCCGCAGACCCCGCACGUUGCCACACCAGUGAAUGCCCCCCCCAGGGCGCUGUCGCACCAGAAAGCCAUCGAGGAAGCGAAUAAAAGGCGCGCUGCUUCGAUCAACAACGGAGCAGUAUCCACCCCGCCGGUUGCAUCCGCGAAUGGAGCUACCCCUGGUUCGGGCGCUGCCACUCCUGGCGGCGGCAACAACAGCGCGGCCACACCUCAGCAGCAAAACAACCAAGCACAAAAUCAGUCGAUGCAGCAGCAACAGGCUGCUAUGAACCAACAGCAACAGCAAGCCGCCGCCGCCGCCGCCGCCGCAGCAGCAGCAGCGAACAGUGGUGCUGGAGGUCAGAACAUUCCAACGAGCGCUACGCAAGAAGCAGCCCGCAUUAACUCAAAGCUAGGCGAGUCACGCCAGAAUAUCACCAAGCAGUUGUCUGAGAAGGCCGCGCAGAUGCCUCAACCCGUUUCUCUCGGCGGUGGCCUUGUGCCCGGCCGUCCGACGCUGACCGGCGGUGGCGGUGUGGUCGGCGGUGUCCUCGGACAGGCCGCGAUCGCCAAGGUGCCCGCCAUCCAAAUCGACGGUGAGGGCGAGCGCGUGCUAAACAAGAAGCGUCUCGAUGAGCUAGUCCGCCAGGUGUGCGGUGGUACGGCUGAGGGCCACGAAGGCAAUCUGCUGCAGCCGGAGGUUGAAGAGAAGUCGGUUCUGAACCUGGCCGACUCGUUUGUGGACAAUGUGCUGCACUCCGCGUGCCGGAACGCCAAGGAACGCGGGUCUAAGGUACUCGAGAUCCGCGAUUUGCAGCUGGUGCUGGAGCGCACGUACAACAUCCGCAUCCCCGGCUACUCGUCGGACGAGCUGCGCACUGUCCGCAAGGUGCAGCCUUCGAUGGCUUGGAUCACCAAAAUGAGCGUCAUCCAGGCCGCCAAGGUCACGUCGGCCACAAAGAACGACCCGUGA